ACACUUCGUGGCCCCCUAUGCCUAUGCGUGAAUAAAAACCAGCCUGUUGUCCACACACAGCUGCGACCCCGAGGCCGAAACGUAAGUUCUCGGCGUAGCACCACCACAUAUACACACGCGUUCUUCUGCGACUCUUCUUCCUCUGUCUUUGCCAACCCACAGAAACUAGAAGAAGAGGAGAUCUGGAGAAGGCCAUUGCGUUUGCACCUGAGACCUGAAACCUCCUUCUUCUCUUCUUUCCUGUUUGCUUGGUUGGCGUCACGGGCGGCAUGGCCACCAUCCUGGAGAACAUCCAGAAGGCGAGGUUCUUGCCGACCAGGCCGCUCAAAGACGACCUGCCCACCUUCCAAGGCGGCGGCAGCAAGGAGGAGAGCCACCUCAUGGGCCUGAGGAAGCGGCUGUCCACCUUCUCGGGCAAGAUCCAGCCCAUCUCCUCCGCCUCCGCCGAGUGGGCCUUCCGGCGGUCCAGGUCCGCGCCGUCGCUCGCCGCGUUCGCCGGCGCCGCGGGCGGCCCGCUCAAGCGGUGGUGGGACUGGGGCGUCGGCUGGCUGCUCUCCAAGAAGCUCGGCUUCGCCGGCGACCUCGAGAUGAACGAGGAGGAGGUGGCCGCCCUCGGCCGCCAGAGCAAGGGCACCUGGGCGCACAUCCUCUACAAGGUGCGCUCCGGGGUCCGGCGGCUCGUCGUGUCCUCCCACUCGCUGCCCACCACACAGCACAAGCACCACUCGCUGCCCACCUCGGCGGCGCACAAGGCGCAGUGCAAGCCGCCGGCGCCGUUCGCCUACACCCAGAGAAGCUUCCAGUACGGCCAAGCCAUGGCGCAUUGAGGCCGGGCGUGCUAGGGACAAGUGGGACAAGACUAAGAUCUGGUGGUCUCGCCAUGAGAUCCAAAUCGAUACGAGGAGGCGCUCGAGAAGAAGAUGAUGAUUCAGGUUUGGGGUGAUGGCGAAGACAAUUACUCCGUACUAUUGUUUGGGAAUUUAGCUGGGGAUGAAAUUGUAGUUUUUACCAUUCUGUUUCUUGUCUACUAGAUCUAAUGUCCAUGCGUAUAGAUAUACCAAGUGUUUUGUUCGUUCUUUCCAUUCUUUUGGGUUCGUCGGACGAUGUAAAUGUUGGGAUGAUUCCUUAUGUUUUUGCCUCCUGCAGUAAAUAAAAGCUAAUGCAGAUUCAUGCUCGUA